AUGAAAUCCCAAUUAGAUAGACAAAUACCAUUCAGUUCACAAGAGGAUAAUAUUAUAGCUCAAAUUUCUUUCUCCGAUGUCUAUCCAGACGGUGUGUUCAAAUCGCUUAAUAUACAUAGUCUGAAUCCCUCCAUAUUUACAGAAAUUUUACGCAAGUAUCCAACAGUAUUCUACCAUGGACGAGAUGAACUAGAUUUAUAUCGUCAGUGGUGUCGUUUCUACAGUUGUCAUUGCAUCAUUGUAAAAGAUGGUGUAAAGUUGAAGUCAAUACCUAACUUUAACACCUCAUUAUCGACUUCACUAGAUGUCAAAACAUCAGGUGCGACGACAACAGCAAUAAAAAAUCGUGAUGGUAUAUCUUUGCUGAAAAAUCUUGAUUAUUCUAAUUCUUUAGCAUUAGGUGGUGAUCCACAAAGUUUUUCUGAUACAGAAUUAUUAUUAGAAGAGACAGUAACCAAUGCAGUCGUUGCAGGAAUCCCUAAAUUAACUGAACCAUCGACAGUAUCACGUAGACAACAUAUGCUAAAUCAAACAUCAUAUCAUGGUUUCCAAGGUCUUGUUACACAAACAGUCUUGGAAGUACUCUUUAAAGAAUAUUCUAGUCACUUAAAUGAUUCACUUGUACAUCCUAGUCUACAGCAUCACUCUUCUCCGACUUCUGCCGCUUCUUCUUCAACAACAACAACAACGUCCAGUACACGUGGAGCAAUAGCAACAGGUCUAGAGUUGAAAUCGUCAAUUGACCAUGAUCAGAGUCACUCACUACUAAUACAAGAAACAACUAAUAAAUCACAUUUAUUGUCCUUUAUAAGUUCAUCACCUGUACCGCCAUUACUAAGUAAUCAAGAAUUUGAUUUUAAACGUCGAUUAGAAUUACAUCGACGUCGCGGACGUUUGUGGGCACGUUUACGUCGAAAUAAAGAAGAGGCUAGACGUUGGACACGUCUAGUUGAAAUGUUUGUAACUAAUGGUCUAGAAAUAAUGAAUCCACAACCAAUUUAUCCAGCAUUAGCAUCUCUUACGGGAUCAAGAACACAAUUUUUGAUAAAAGAAAAAAAGGUCAUAUUUGGUCGUAAUUCAUUCGUCUAUCAACCGCAUAUCGAUUUAUCAAUGGAAGGUAUUGACAGUGGACGUAUAUCACGUUGUCAUGGUCAAAUACGCUUAAGUAAAGAUGGUAUAUUUUGGUUAACUAAUUUUUCAUCUCAUACUGUUUAUGUUGAUGGUAACCCGAUACUGACAGACGAAGAAGUGGAGCUGAAGGAUUUCGCAACAAUUUUAAUUGAUCAUAUCACAUUGAGAUUUGAUGUGAAUCAUGAUUACGUGAAUUGGAUAUGUAGCAAUGAUAGUACCACUACCACCACUACUAAUAGUAUAUAUAUUUAUAGUUGUGGUAAUGAUAAUAGUGAUACGAGCCAUUCCAUUAAAAAUAAUCAUUAUGACGGCGCAAAGCUCUCAUAA